CCUUCCAUCAUUCUCUGUUGAGAAAUUAGAGAGGAAUCAUGCCUGAACCCGCCAAGUCCGCGCCCAAGAAGGGCUCCAAGAAAGCCGUCACCAAGACCGCCGGCAAAGGAGGCAAGAAGAAGAGAAAGACCAGGAAGGAGAGCUACGCCAUCUACGUCUACAAGGUGCUUAAGCAGGUCCACCCCGACACCGGCAUCUCCUCCAAGGCCAUGAGCAUCAUGAACUCCUUCGUCAACGACAUCUUCGAGCGCAUCGCCUCCGAGGCUUCUCGUCUGGCUCACUACAACAAGCGCUCCACCAUCACCUCCAGGGAGAUCCAGACCGCUGUGCGCCUCCUGCUGCCCGGAGAGCUGGCCAAGCACGCCGUGUCUGAGGGCACCAAGGCCGUCACCAAGUACACCAGCUCCAAGUAAAAAGGACUGCUGUCAACAAACUAACCCAACGGCUCUUUUAAGAGCCACCCACAUGAUCUGAAGAGCUUAUAUUCCUUAUAUUAGGUCUAAAUGUUCUCUUUUCUGUGUGGUAUUAAAGUCGAAUGAUGAUG